CUGUGCUCCACCGUUAUGUGCAUCCUCAUCUCGAAUCAGGGCCAUGUAGAUUCCUGAUAUACCUUGGUAUCGAGUCAAUCACGUGAGCGGCACCGACACGCCUUAUCUCACCCAAACAAACAAGCUUGACCCUCUUCUCUCUCUCCGAGUAAAUCCUCCACAAUGACGGAUUUCCACUUCGGUGGGCAACCACUCAAUAAUGACCUCGUUGCGUCGACAUCGCACGCCUUACGCACAGCAGGCAUCCCCAAUUUGCUCUGGGGAAACUAUCUUUUAACCGUCUACGGAGUACCUACCAUAGUGGACGACGCUGCGUUCAUUGUCCCCGACACACUCAUAGAAACCGCCUACUCCACCCUGACAGACAUGGGGUUUAUUCCCUGCGCGCCGAACUUCAACUGCGCUCGGCCCCACACCCGCCGCUGUCCUCCACCCACCAGCCACCUACACAUCGACGACAACCUCGCCGUGUCCUUGCAUCGGAAAUCGGACAUGCUAUGGGCGAUUCCUGACCUAGGAGACAUCGAUCUAUCACGCGACGCGGACCCAAACGUUAUGCUCGCAUGCGACAGGAGACUUCCCCCGCCGAUUCCGGGCCGAGGCCGAGGCCGCUUCUCGUCGGCACUUGAUGCCGUCUGGAUCCCUAGUGCCGUCACAUACUGCGAGGCUUUGAUACUCCUACUGUGUCGGGAUUACGGGAGUGCCUAUGAAGACUACUGGGUGGUUCUCUUGACUUAUAUGCUGGAGUUUGUGGACGGGACUGAUCUUCUUGAUGAAGACCGGCUGGGAGAGGAGUACCGGCCUUUCUAUCGGGCGCUGGGUCAGGCGGAUCCGAAGAUGUAUACCCAUUUGGACGCACUUCGUCGUGGUUUGUCGAAAGGGGGUCUUUUCUCUAUCAGGCCGGAUUGACGGAUGUGCGUCUGGUAGUUUGGCUUGAGUUAGAGUUUCGCCAUUCAAACAGAACAGGGAUGGUGGAUUUCCCGAAGAACACUCGGGAUUGGCAGAGUUACAACCUGUGAUGGGUGUCGCUCAUAUCCAAUGACCGGUUCUCUGAAGUUGCAGCUAUGCUGCGCAUCCCCAAGUCCAAACGGCGUCGCCGCUUACAGAGCGGCGAACUAAAAGACUGGUCGCAGACGCGAUUCUAUAGACCGUUUGUCGGCCCAACAUCAACGUUGUCGGGACUCCUAGUGGUCACCGAUUGUAUGUGCAGUUGGAUCAGGAACGGGCAACUGUACCCAAAACCCAUUAAUCCGAGCUACUAAGAAAGUGGCAGUACAUGAGACACG